CCACCCCUUCCGCUCGACCGGGUGGAGUUUGCGCGGCUGCUAGAUCUGUUCCGCCGCGGCCACGUUGCUCUGUGAGCCCGGCCGACGGCGCCCGGUUCCCAUCUCCCCGGCUCGGCUUCCUGCAGGGCUCUAGGGCCGCGGCCUUCCCGCGGGGUACAGCGGUACAGAGACAGGCCUGGCUGCCCGGGAGCUCCGAACGCCGACAGGUCUGGCAUCCCGGUCCGAGAGGCGCCGCCCUCCGCCCGCCCCACUCCAGGUCUGAGAAGCACAGCGAGCGCGGGAGAGCCGGGCUCCGCCAGAGCUCGGCUUGGGGCUCAUGCCCUGUGGGCCCGCGCCAUGGCCUCCGGGAGCGUGGCCGAGUGCUUGCAGCAGGAGACCACCUGCCCCGUGUGUCUGCAGUACUUCGCUGAGCCCAUGAUGCUCGACUGUGGCCACAACAUCUGUUGCGCGUGCCUGGCCCGCUGCUGGGGCGCCGCGGAGACCAACGUGUCGUGCCCGCAGUGCCGGGAGACCUUCCCGCAGCGCCACAUGCGGCCCAACCGGCACCUGGCCAACGUGACCCAGCUGGUGAAGCAGCUGCGCACCGAGCGGCCGUCGGGGCCCGGCGGAGAGAUGGGCGUGUGCGAGAAGCACCGUGAGCCCCUGAAGCUGUACUGCGAGCAGGACCAGAUGCCGAUCUGCGUGGUGUGCGACCGCUCGCGCGAGCACCGCGGCCACAGCGUGCUGCCGCUGGAGGAGGCGGUGGAGGGCUUCAAGGAACAAAUCCAGAAUCAGCUGGACCAUCUAAAACGAGUAAAAGACUUGAAAAAGAGACGACGAGCACAAGGGGAGCAGGCACGAGCCGAACUCUUGGAACAUGAGUAUCGCCUCUUGGCCCGCCUGGAGGAGCUAGACUUGGCCAUCUACAACAGCAUCAAUGGUGCCAUCACCCAGUUCUCCUGCAACAUCUCCCACCUUAGUGGCCUGAUUGCCCAGCUGGAAGAGAAGCAGCAGCAGCCUACCAGGGAGCUCCUGCAGGAUAUUGGAGACACAUUGAGCAGGGCUGAAAGAAUCAGGAUUCCUGAGCCCUGGAUCACGCCUCCAGAUCUACAAGAGAAAAUCCAUAUUUUUGCCCAAAAAUGUCUAUUCUUGACAGAAAGUCUGAAGCAGUUCACAGAAAAAAUGCAGUCAGAUAUGGAGAAAAUCCAAGAAUUGAGAGAGGCUCAGUUAUACUCAGUGGAUGUGACUCUGGACCCAGACACAGCCUACCCCAGCCUGAUCCUUUCUGAUAAUCUGCGGCAAGUACGAUACAGUUACCUCCAGCAGGACCUGCCUGACAACCCUGAGCGGUUCAAUUUGUUUCCCUGUGUCUUGGGCUCUCCAUGUUUCAUCGCUGGGAGACAUUACUGGGAGGUAGAGGUGGGAGAUAAAGCCAAGUGGACCAUAGGUGUCUGUGAAGACUCAGUGUGCAGAAAAGGUGGGGUGACGUCAGCACCCCAGAAUGGAUUCUGGGCAGUGUCAUUAUGGUAUGGGAAAGAGUAUUGGGCUCUUACCUCCCCAAUGACUGCCCUUCCCCUGCGGACCCCCCUCCAGCGAGUGGGGAUUUUCUUGGACUAUGAUGCUGGUGAGGUGUCCUUCUACAAUGUGACAGAGAGAUGUCAUACCUUUACUUUCUCUCAUGCUACCUUCUGUGGGCCAGUCCGGCCCUACUUCAGCCUGAGUUACUCAGGAGGGAAGAGUGCAGCUCCUCUGAUCAUCUGCCCUAUGAGUGGGAUUGAUGGGUUUUCUGGCCAUGUUGGGAAUCAUGGUCAUUCCAUGGAGACCUCCCCUUGAUGAUGCGAACUCAGACCACAAGGGCUCUUGGCAGUAAUCCUACCCCAGGCACAAGGCAUCUUUCUGUCUUGUCAAUUCCUGUCCAUCAAAGCUGGAUGUCCUUACCAUUUUCCAUGUCCUUGAAUGAAGAGACAAGAUGUUCAUGGUCUCUACUAUCUCUUCCCCUGCAAAUUGUAAGAUGUAAUGAAAAGUAUUGAGAUUUCCCAGAAAUAAAAACCAGAUUGCUCCUCCAGUGUCUCACAUCGUUUGGUUUUACAUGUGACUGGAGUGGAUGAAGAAUAUGGAUACUUGGCUUUGGAGAGCCACUCAAGAUCCUAACAUGCUGGCUCAGUUCCACAUAGUCAUCAAGGUGUUUUCCAUCAUUUUUGGACUAUGGCUCCCUUCUGAGAACCCAGAAUGGAUUCUAAGAAUCCACAGGCUGUGUCAUAAUGACUUGCUUUACUCUGGCUUUUCCUUCUUGGAAAAUUUCCAAUUUGUUUUAUCAACUCCAUUAAUGAGGCCUAUAUGUGUUUUGGUUAUAGUUGUUUUAUACAAAUGGUAAGAAAUGGCUCCACCUAUAUUGUGACAUAAUGUUAUAACCAGUGUCUCUGCCUGUGUCUUUCCAGUGGCUUUGUUUGCUUCCUUCAAACUAAUAAAAGAUGUAUCUUGGUGCUGGGUGCGUAUCAUCUGAGAAAAUGUUUGCCCAUCACUGUACCCCUAGGUCCUUUCUUUGGGGUGUACCAGUCACAGUCCCUCUUGGGCCACUUUACAUCUCUUUGGGGUAGAGAAUUGACUUUCCUAGUGUGCACCACUAGGGGAAAUUCCAUCCCAUGGCUGUUGGUUGACAAAAUGUUUCGGAGUUAGAGACUAAGACUUUUGAGUAAGCCCCCACCGUAGUUCUUAGUCCUGCCUCCCAUUGGGUACAUGCCCUACUGUUUAAAAAUAAAAGUGAAUAUGGAUGUUUA